AUGUCUCCCUUUGUACCUGUUACUAAAGUCAGGCCCGCGUCAAAAACCGAGCGGCACCCGCUUUUCUCAUUCCGAAGUCAGGGCCAAGUCUCCGGCGGUCAGACACGUUUGUGCUACCUGCGGGUGGCGGGGGAACCCUCUGCGCAGCUCCGCGAAGCCAGUCGCCCUACGCCCGGGUCAGCUGAGCCCCCGACCCGCUGGGACCCUCCGGGUGCGCGGACCCGGCUGUCGCACGUCCGGGUGCGCAAAGCGCGGAGACGCGGCGGAGCGCGGGGUCUCGCCCGCCCAAGGCUCAUUUUGCUAGCACCGGGCUUCCCGGGCCUCGGUGCUGGAGGCCGAGAGAGGAAAAAAAGCAAUGGCCAGAGGGGCGGUCAUUCUUGCCUUCUUCCAGAUCCUAAAGGGGAGCGAGGGCAACUCGAGGUGGCCGCUUCCACCCCUGCAGCCAGGGCGCCACGAACUUCAUUCCUGUCUGCGGCUUCCGCCUGCUGCCGCAGUCGCCGGCACCGGGAGCUGCGGGCAGGUGCCCGGCGGCCGCGUCCGGACCGAGCGCGGGGUCCGCGCGCACGGUGCACAGGUGCCGCGGUCCCGCCUGCGGUCGGCGUGGGAGCCGCGCAGGCAGCCACGCCCCCGAACCCUAGCUGGGACCGCCGUGGCGGCUGGGGUGUGCUGGCUGGGCCUUGGGAAAGCUUGCAUCUCUCUGUGUCCUCUGAGGAUUUUAACUGGUCCCGCGGCCCCAGCGCCGGAGCCAGGGUACGGCCGCGAGCGCUCGGGGCGCCCUGGCGUUUUCUCCCCAGGGAGGGUAGGCGGUUGGCGGUCACUCCGGGCUCCCUCCCGGCCUCCUCAGUCCACGAGGAGUUGAGGGGCAGCCCUGUUCCAGACACGGAGGAAUCAGUCAGCCGACCGGAUAAGCUUAUUCAUGGCUACUGGAACAAAAAGAUGAGAAGAAGGAAGGACAUUUGCUUUCCUAAGCGCCCCGUGUGAUGAGAGCCCACGCCCUUCUCCCCACGCUGAACUUGACUAUCACAAGAGUGUCCCCAGAAGGCCAUAACCCUGCAGUCAGGUUGCUCCUGGAGGCUUUCCUCAGUUUGCAAUGAAUAUCAACUAAGUAACGAGACACAAAAGCAGGCUGUUAAUAGAGGGGCGAUGGUCCAAGUCCAGAUGGGUGUUGUGGAUGCAUACAGAGCUCGCAGGAUCAGGGAAGAGGGAGCAUGAAAAUCGAGAUGGGAACACUUGGGUGGAACCACCAGACCAGCAACCACUAGAAUCUGUCAACACAAGGAUACUAAAAUGUGAAGUGUUAAUUUGUUCUGCUUCACAAAUUUGGGUUGUGACAGUCAAGUUAACCAAGUGGCGUUUAACCCCCCUGGAAGUUACUAAAGCUUAUGUUGAAUAAACAAUGAUGAGCAGCCAA